GUCAUCACCUACAAAUUGAUAACGCCAUCCGUCGUUUCCGAGCGUCUGAAGGUUCGAGCGUCUCUCGCCAAGGCAGGACUUCGGGAGCUUCAAGCAAAGGGGCUUGUCAAAUGCAUCGUACACCAUGGAGGCCAAAUUGUUUACACUCGAGCCACCAAGGAGGCCGAUAUGUUUGUGUUCCGAGUUCUCAAUGCAGUUCCAUACAGUAAUGAGCAAGGUGCAAAGGAUGUGAUCGCCAGUCUACAUUCUUUCUUGACUUGUAAUCUGUUAGUUGGUCUAGCAGUGUUGGUAUCAUGGAAGCAAUUCGGAGGGAAACCCAUUGAAUGUAUGGUACCGACGGAUUUUACGAGUGCAUGGGUUCAGUAUGCAGAGAAUUACUGUUGGUCGCAUGACACCUAUUUUCUUCCAUUUUCAACGCCAGCGGCUCGUACACACGACAAUUCUACCCGGAGUGAAGCAAGGAUUUCCUACUAUCAAUGGAUGCCGUUUUUCUUGCUUUUUGAAGCUGCUUGUUUCCGGUUGCCAUGUUUCAUAUGGAAAUAUUUUGCAAGUCAAAGCGGCAUGAGAGUGGGAGAAAUAUUGCGAUUGACAACAGAUGAGCACAAUACUGUACCGGAGAUAAGGAACGAGAAUAUUGAAGCGCUGCGCAUACACCUACAAGGAGCGCUGCGAUUUCAGAAGAGGCUCAAAAUGAAAAACCUCUCACCGCAUAAAAUUCUACGUUGUCUAAACAUCAAGUAUUCUACAUAUUAUGUCACACUGAUUUAUUUCAUAGCAAAGUUUGCAUUUUUUCUGAACGUCGGACUUCAAACGAAGCUGCUGAAUGAAUAUCUUCUACCGCACGCCAACUCCAGUCAGUUUGGCUUUGAUGUAUGGCAAACCUUAUGGAGUGGGAAUAGUUCGUGGAAAGAGAACGGCUUAUUUCCUCGUGUCACUCUCUGCGAUUUCGAGGUGCGAGAAAUGGGGAACAUACAAACGCACACAGUUCAAUGUGUGCUUUUAAUAAAUAUUUUCACUGAAAAGAUCUUCAUCCUCUUAUGGGCGUGGUAUGUCUUCCUCGCAACGCUAACCAUAGGUAAUCUAUUCAGCUGGAUGUUUGCUAUGUUCAGUGAGACAUCGAAAGAACACUUCAUCAUCAAUCAUCUUGAAAUGUGCGAAGCGCCAUUUGAUAAAGAAAAUGCUACCAACCGGGAACAUGUUGUCUGUUUUAUUGACAAAUAUCUUGGGCUCGAUGGAGUGUUUCUUCUACGACUUAUAGCUCAACAUGCUGAUGUCGUUUUCAUAACUGAACUCAUUGGUGCGUUGUGGCGGAGUCACUACGAAAUUGAGGAGCAGAGGAGAGCGCUGAAGAAAAUGAACCGUGUUCUUCCACUGUUGCGUUCCGAUGAAGAAGAGGGGCACGUCACUCCUGACCUGCCCAGCUCAGGAAGGCAAUCCGUCACCGGGAAAGAUAGGAAGGUAUGA